CCGCCGCGCGCGCUUUGAAUUUCAGAGACUGCGCGUCUCGCCCACUCGGUGCCCCGGGCAGAACGCUGUGGACACCCGCCUGGCUCCAAACCCCAGGCUAACCAGCUGCAGCGGAGGGCCGCCCCCACUCCCCCACCCCGAUCCUGCACCUGACGCCCAAUGUGGUGCCUGGAGCGACUCCGCUGGAGUCCCGAGCGUCUCCUGAGGAGCGGAGAUGGAUUUUUCCCCGGCCGGGCUCGCCUGGCCAGGCCCCGCACGCCCAUCGCAUGCAUGAACGUGCUCACCCCUGAUCGCAUCCCUGAGUUCUGCAUCCCGCCAAGACUCGAACCCAGCCUGGCCUUGGCCGCGCUCCGGAAUUCUUGGAGCGAGGAGGCAGGGACCGAUGAGAGCGCCGGCCGCACCGACUGGGACCCGCGCUCGCAGGCCGCGCUCUCGCUGCCGCACCUGCCCCGCGCCCGCACCGCCUACGGCUUCUGCGCGCUGCUCGAGAGCCCGCACACCCGCCGCAAGGAGUCGCUCUUCCUCGGCAGCCGUGGUGCCGCGGCGCUCCGCCCCCGGGCUCACACCUACGGCGGCGGCGGUCGAGGAGGGGGAGGAGGAGACGGCGCGCUCGUGGCCCCGCGCUGCCCGCGAGCGCUGAGCGCGGCGCUCGCCACCAGCCCCGCAGCCCCCGGCGGCCACCGGCCGCCCCAGGAAGCGCUCGCCCCGCGGCUCCGCGGCCGCUGCCUCCUGCGCGCCCCCCACGGGCUGCUGAGCCGCGCGCUGCGGGCCCGGGGCAGCCCCGGCCUGGACCGCGCCCGCUCCGUUUCCAGCGGGGACGAAGACGAGGAGCGCGGCGCCCACCCCGGGGCCCCGGCCCCGGCCCCCGUGUCCCCGUCGCCGCCCCCGGGCCCGCGACCCGAGCGCCUGGAGGCCGAGGGCACCGUGGCUCUGGGGCGCGCCGGCUGCGCGCUGCGCCUGGCCGCCGAGUACUGUCCGGGCAGCGGGCGCCUCCGCGUCCGGUUGCUCCGCGCCGAGGGCCCGGCCGGGGGCGGCCCCGAGCCCCGCGCCGUCUGCUGCCGCGUCAGCCUGGUCCUGCAGGCGCCGGGCUCCGCGCGCAAGGCGCGCCGCGCCGUGCUGGGCCGCAGCCGCAAGGGCGCCCUGGACCAGGACUUCUGCUUCGACGGCCUCACGGAGGAGCAGGUGCGCCGCCUGGCCGUGCGCGUCAAGGCCGAGAACAAGGGCCGCGGCCUGGAGCGGGGCCGCCGGCUGGGCCAGGGCGAGCUGCCGCUGGGCUCGCUGCUGCUCCUCUGAGGACGCUGUCUGCCCGCCGGAGGACUGGCGGACACGCGGACGCUGACAGCCACAGUGUACAAAAGAAACGCGCGAUUUUUCUAAUCGGGCCUUUGUUUAGGUCGAGUGCUUACAGAGGUCGUCCUGGAGUAACCAUCACAGGAAAGGAUGUGCUGUGCGCAGAUACCUUCAAAACUAUUUGCAGCCAAUGGAAUGGGGCUCUGCAGUGUAGCCCUGGGUGCGGGGCCAGUUGCGUUUCACGUGCACCACACGCCGCUGCUGAGAAGUCAUGAGCCCCAGGAGAUGUGAGGACCGAGGGUGUCUGGGCGAUCGACUUGCUGAUGUCCUCGGUUUGUUCAUUUCCCAAUAUCCAUCGAGACCCUCUGAGGGCGUUUAUCCUAUCUGAAGCAUGAAGACCUCAGAUAAGAAAAGGAGCAAAUGAUCUGUCAGUGUGCACAGCGAGUUAUCAGUAAGCACUUCGAGUUAUCAGUAAACAUCUCGGUGUGGAAAUCUUAGGUACACCUCACUGGAAAACCACUAGAGAAAACGAAACAUGAGAAAUUAAACUAGUGUUCUAAGUUUCAGUAAUAGUCAUAAUAGCUUUCCAAGUAUUACUUCUUCAAACAGCCAGCAAAUGUAGGCUAUGCUAUGCCCACUUUACAGAUGAGGCUACUGAGGCAUAGACUCCCGAGUAGUCAUGAUCUGAAUCUAGGCAAUCUUUUACUCAUGUCAAAGGGCUCAUCUCAUUAAAACAGACUGGGCAGUUUCUGAAGUUGUUGCUCUGAGACAUCACAUUGCUCUUACUCUAGCAAACUGGUUGGAAUGAAGAUGGUAUCACCUCCUGCUCGUAACUUGGGCACUGACUUCAGCUUGUGGGUCUAGGACUGUCUGGGGAGGAAGCUGAGUGGCCCCGGGGGUGCGGGCCUUCGGGCUGGGAGGCAGCUCAUCUGUCAGGGCCAGCAGUCUGGAGCUCGCCUACAGCAUCCUUCCACCCCUGGCUCGCGGCCGUCCUGGUGUGCUGUGCCAGAGAAGGACUUGCCUUCAGCCCUCGCACCCACGGCCAGGGGUUCCUUCCUUAGGCAUGCUGGAAGGCACAUGUCCUAAAUGAGGGUUGAGGGAGUACAAGACGGUACACUGCGUGGGUGGUGGUAUAAAUGUGAUCCCAUGGCCUGUCUGGGCUCAGAAACAGUUUCUGUUUUCCCUUUAGGUGUGGACAGUGUUAUCAUGGGUGCUUGUGAAAAAUUCUAUCCAGAAGAGAGUUUUGCAACAAAGGCGUGGAUGGAAUCUGGGUUAUUGUGAUGGGUAUUCCUAAGGAAGACCCUUGAAUGAUCUCAAAGAAUAAUUCUAAACUCAAUGAGCCUAUCAAAAUCAACCAUAUUCAGAAGCUGGCAGCACUUGCACAAUGGAGUCACGGUGGUAGUUUGGUCUAAUGUGUCCUUUCAUCUAAUCAAACCCACUAUUUCCCUGGGCCUUCAAACCAACCAUUUUUUAAAAAUUGUAUAACCUUCAUGAUUUUAGAAUGUUGAUGGAGUAACUGCUAUUGAGUUCACAUAUGUAGUGGUUUAAAAGGAAAACUGUGAAAACAACUUGACUGUCUGAUAUUGUUGAGUUUUUCUGUUUUUUUUAAAAAAAUAAAAACAA